UCAAAGCUUCUCUCAUAUACGCAGGUCGUGAUACAGCCUGAAAGGUGAUGGACUCCCCUGCGAAGUAGCAACGAAGGAUCAACUGCUGUACAACCUCUGUACAAGCACUCCGUGAGUCACGAAGCCAGAAGUGCACGGCCGGCGUGUCAGCCCCAAGAAGGUCCGGAUAGAUACAUAAUAUGGCAUCGACAGGCUGAACUCUGGUCUCUUACUGCUUUCACUUGCAACUGUCAUACACUUGCUACCCGCACCUCUCUGCGCAUUCUUUUCUGCGAUGAACUUCAUGUCGAAAAUGCUUUCUCAUCCAGGAUCGCCCUCCGAUUCGAGUGUAGUCUCCAGCCUGAGCCUUUCCGACAUUAUCGACAUUCCUGACGACGAUACAGACCUAAAUCCUGGUACUGCCGCCGCUACCCUGCCCACCUGCGAACCAACGCCAUGUCUCUCGCUUCCGAAACUAUCUCUUCAGUACCACCGGUGUCUUCCCGUGGCCCUACCGAUGGCCUUAACGGACUCCCCGCGUCUGCGAUCCUGGACCCAACAAUCUAGGGUUCUACGACGGCGUCGCUUGGGCAAGCGCCAGUUGGUCAGGAGCUCCUACCUCUGGAAACCACCAGCACGAUCUCAUCUCGACCUCCGGCCCCUCUCCGCAAACUCGCAACACCUCGCAGCAGGCCUGACCGGCGUACAUCGCUACCAUGGCCUUGCUCUCGCAGCCCACACACGAGGCCCCAUCCCCGUGCCUGUCUCCGCCCGUUCCCGCUUCUCCACGCAGCCUUACCCUCGAAGCCCGCCGGCCCUCCACCAACCGCAAACCAUCAACCCAAAGUCCCCGCUCACCAUCCCGCCGCCCCGCGCGGUGGUCAUCACACAUAUCCGGCUUGCGCGUGAGCGGGCGUGCAGGCGUACGCGACGCGCCCUCAUCCGGUGGGGGGCGGUUCCGCAACGGGAACUGGUAGGGGCCUGCGCUACGGAGCGCAUGCCCAGCGUGUUGGGAAAGUCGGUGAGGGAGACACCUCGGAGGAUGGGUUGGAGGGCGUACAUGGUGCACCUCGAGCUCGGCCGGGGUACAGUACCAAGAUGGGCAAGGCGAUCCGAU